CAGGGAGGGAAGAAGUAAAAAACCGCCCUGUUACAGCAUUUCAAUAUGGCUGACAAGCACGAGGACGAUGCAAACGCUGCUCCUAGAAAAACAGUGUUUGUGAGGAAUCUAUCAUUUGAUACCACCAGUACACAAUUAGAAGAAGCAUUUUCCGAAUUUGGACCUAUUAAAAAGGCGUUUGUUGUAAAAGAUCAGGAUAAUGCUUCUAAAUGCAGAGGAUUUGGAUAUGUUCAGUUUGUAUUGCAAGAUGACGCAGAUAACGCAGCUAAAUCAGUUAAAACAAUCAACAGCCGUAAAGUUAAAAUAUGCUAUGCAAACAAAAAGCCUAAACACCAGAAAAGAAAAGAGAAACAAGGUAAGAGUGCUGAUAAUGAUGAAGAUCUUGAUGACGUAAAGUUACAAGAAGAUAAAAUAGUGAAAGAAAAUAAAAUAGUGAAAAAAAGUGAUAGUGAAAAUCAUCAAGUAGAGAAAAGUGUGAAAAGUGAUAAAGCAAAAAGUGGUGCACAUGUUCAACGAAUCACUGACAGGACAGACUUGCAAAGAACUAUUGUUUUAACUGGAUUGACAUCCAAAGUAAAAAGAAAAGCUUUUCGCGUUAUGUGUGAACAAUUUGGCGAGAUUGAAAAUAUUGUUUACCCUGUACCCGAAAGAUCUGAAGUGACAGCGUUCAUUCGUUUCAAGGAGUAUAAAGCAACUAUCAGAGCAAUACAAAAAAUUCCUGGCCGGAAAGUGAAGAAGUCCCACGCAUUAUCAGCAGUUUUGCUAACAAAAGAGGGAAAAAAUCCAUCGAAGAAAAUGCUAGGCCUGUCAAGGUUGAUUGUUCGAAAUUUGAAUUUUAAAUGCGAUGAAAAUGACAUUCGUUCUUCGUUUUCAAAAUUUGGAAAGAUUCUUGAAGUGAGCAUCCCAACCAAACAUGUAAAAAACAGAGAAAUCAAAAUUGGUUGUGCAUUUGUUCAGUUUGAAAAUCAAGCCCAAGCAAAAGCCGCUGUGGAUGCAUUAAAUAUGACAGAGAUAAAGGGAAGAACAGUAGUGGUGGAUUGGGCUGUCUCCAAAGAAAAGUAUGAGGAAAAUAAAAAUACUGAAACAAUUUCCAAAGUGAACAAAAAGAAGGAGAAUUUGACAAGCGUCAACAACAACAGCGAAACUGUAAAGAAAGACAAAGACAUUGAAAAUGAUAAUAGUAAAAUUCCUACUGAUGGUGGUGAUGCUGAUGAUGAUGUGACAGGUGAUAGUGACGAAGAAGAAGAUGAAGAAGGAGAAGAUGAAGAUGAAGAAAACAAAGAGAAUGGGAGUGAAGAGGAUGUCAGUGGAGACAUGGAAGACAGUGAUGACGAAAAUAAAGUUACAAAAGUAGUGAAGAAAAGUAAAGACGUUAAAGAAGGGAAAACUGUUUUUCUGCGCAAUCUUUCAUACGACACAGAUGAAGAGACAGUGGUGUCGCAUUUCGAAAGAUUCGGCGAAAUAGAAUAUUGUAAAAUUGUUUACGAUCAAGAAACCGGUCGAAGCAGAGGCUCGGCUUUUGUAAAGUUUAAAGAAAAAAUAUCUGCGGAGAAGUGUUUAGAAGAACCACAGAAUUCUGAAGACGGAGGGACGUUUCGUAUAGAUGGUCGACCACUGAGUGUGUCCUUAGCUGUAAGUCAAGGUAAGCUCGGUGAGAUCAAACGCGUGCAGGCUGACAACAAAAAAGAAAAAGACAAACGAAAUUUGUAUUUGGCAUAUGAAGGAGUAAUUACUAAAAGCUCUCCAAGGUUUGAGAGUUUAUCAGAAGCGGAUUUAAAGAAAAGAGAGAAAGCAUUGGCAGAGAAGAAAACAAAACUGAAGGAUCCGAACUAUUUUGUUUCUACUACAAGGUUAUGUAUUCGAAAUCUUCCGUUGACAACCGACGCAAACGAAUUGCGUAGUGCGCUUCAUAAACAUGCUAGCAACGAAAUGAAAAUUACAGAUGUGAAAGUGAUGCGAAGCAAAGAUCGAAAAGAUCAAAAUGGCGUUCCUCGCUCCCUCGGGUACGCUUUUGUCAACGUUGACACACAUGAGCAUGCUUUGGCGUUACUUCGGGCUACGAAUAACAAUCCGGAUGUGUUUACUGAGAAGAGAAGACCGAUUGUCGAGUUUUCUGUUGAAAGUACGAAAGCCUUGAAGUUACUGGAGCAGCGGAAACUAAAGAAUCAACAAAAACUUACGCAAAAUGAACAAAGUUCAGAAGAACAAAAUAAUGGAGAACUUGAAAAGACAUCGACGGAGAAGAAAAAAUCUCAGUGGGAGAAACGACUUGUGCGAUAUAAAAAAAAGCGGGAAGAAAAAAAGAAAAACAACCUUACAAACAAGUCGAAUGAUGUUGAACAAAAUAAUAUCAACUUUGUAAAUUCCGCUAAAAAUGGCGGCGAUAAUAGAUUAAAACGAAAACAUUACGAUGCACCUGUGGAAAAUAUCAGUAAUAGUGAAUCUCACACGCCUGUGAAAAGAGGGCGGAAGGUGCGUCAGAAUCACAAUGCCAAAGAAGAGCAAAAGUUUAAUUCACUGGUGGAACAAUAUAAGGAUAAACUUUCUGGUUCAAAAAUACAGAAAAAUAAAAAGAAAGACUCUAGGUGGUUUGAAUGAAGAAAAUGUAUUUAUUUAUAUUUCAGGCUACCAGCUUUUCAUUUGACAAUCUUGACAGAACUAUUUUCUCACAUGCCUCUUAUAACUAUGUACUUUUUUGUUAAAUGAAGAAUUUGAUUUGAGAUUUUCGUUGUCUUACAGCAAAAAAAAAGUGCCAUCCUGGAUUGGCGAGGACGAGUCUGUCAAAUAGUUAAUAAAUGGGUUUUUAACAUUGCGAUCAUGGAAAUAAUUUUGCUCACAAGAAAAUAAAUGAAAUAUAAUUUGGGUGAUAGGCCGUAAGCAGACAUCCUUCACAUAGAUUUUUUUUCUAUUUUUUGUUCAUUUAGUUUAUCUUUUUAGAAAGAAGAGAGCAUUUGUGUCCGAUAAGCAUUUUAAAUGAAGAA